GGAAUGAAAAAUAUUUUCACUUUCUUGAGCAAAUAUAUAUGGAAUCAGUGUUCUUCAUUAUUUGUUUCUUUUCUUCCACUGACGGCCGGAAGAUAAAGAAAAAUAUUUUCCUUCCUGCACUCCCUUCAUGGAAGAAGAUUUCACCUGCAUUCACUGCAGGGAAAGACGUUUUUGUGUGAAGAACAAAAAGAGAGCGGAGACUAAGAGAAAUAUAGAUCACACUGAAGGUAAGAACGAUCUCUUAACGAAAACUAUUACUAUUAUAUAAGACAGCUAGCCUAAGUAAAGACUGGUGAAGACCGCAAGCAUCUACCACUUUUCUGUCAAACGUUAUUCAAAAAACAUCCGAGUCCAUUCUUUUGUUUUACCGACAAUAGAUUAGUGACUAAAUGCCGGUGAGUUGUGGAAUCGUUUCAUGCCUUGAUUAAGAAAUGGAGAUUUUUUUCCGAACAUAUCGACAAUUCAUUUCUACCAAGUAUAAAUCCAUUUAUUUGAGUUCUUGCAUCUUGUAUAAACAAAUAUAGACUUAUAUUAUACAAUACUACCUUUCAUGACCAUCAGCAAAUAGCACAAAAAAUGUUAGAAUUACAAAAUAUAACAAGUGACCUUGCGGAAGAAAUUUCAUCCUUACGCUUGUCUCUUCGAGAAAAAUGGAUUCCAAUGAAAGGUUGUGGUAUAGACUUUCCACAACGCAGUUUAGAAUAUUUACGUCACUUUACAUGUGGCAGCUAUCACUUAAAACAAAGUGAAGCAUAUGCUAAAUCACAUUUAGAUGAGAAUGGUGAUUUUGAUGUUGAGUUAUCGCCCGCCAAAAACAAUCUAUUACGGUGUCGAAUACAAAGUCGUCACCAGAAUAGUAUAAAAUAUUACCUUUGUGUUAAAUAUGAUCCAUCUGCUAGUGAUGAGCCGAUAUUAGACAAAUACUGUCAAUGUAAAAGUGGAAAUCGCACUAUAGGUUGUUGUGCUCGUACAGCAACAGUCUUAUGGUACCUGGGUUAUGCGCGCUUUACUGAAUGGAAACCAUCUCAACGAGGAACUAUUUUGUUUGAUAGUAUAACAUCAUGUCGCUGA